AUGAAUUUACGGCAAUGGCGGUGUUUAGAUUUGAUAAAGGAUUAUGAGUUGAUUAUCGACUACCAUCUAGGAAAGGCAAACGUGGUCACCGAUGCAUUGAGUAGAAAAUCCUUAUUUGCUUUGAGAACAAUGAACGCCCAAUUGGCCUUGUCAGAAGAAGGUUCGGUUCUAACAAAGUUAAAGGCUAGACCGACGUUUCUCCAAGAAAUUUGUGAAACUCAGAAUAACGACGAUGAAUUGCAAACUAAGAGAACUCAGUGUGAGUCAGGUGUUGAAUCAGAUUUGCAGAUUAGUACCGACGGAUGUUUGAUAUUUCAAGAUAGAGUUUGUGUACCCAAGGAUAAUGAGCUUGUUCAGAGGAUUUUACGAGAGACACAUAGUAGUUGCUUGUCUAUCCAUCCAGAGUACUCACCUACUCCGUUAAUUGACACUCUGGAUGUUAGUACAUCUGGAGGCAGUCAAGUUGUUGGCGUCGUUGCUGGGGAGGCAAUAUCAUUAGUUUGA